AAUCCCCCUUUUGCUACUCGACCCAGUAAUCAGUACCAGUACUACGGCCUGCACGAUCAAACCAAUCCAGUUGUCCUAGACGGCAUCACCUGCGGCUCGACGGCGUCAUUCCGACCUCCAAGCUAGCUCGCCCAGGCAAUCAAUCGGCAGGUCCGACCGACCAAGCGCAUCUUAGGCAGCGACCUCGCAGCGCUGGACUGAGACUGCCAAACUUCAAACCUGCCAGAUCUGGCAACGACUCGUUCAGCAUCCUCACGACCUCCUCAACAAGCAAACAACAACAUGGCACCACCCAAACAAAGAAAGAUGGCCAUUGUCGGCAGUAGGGCAGUCGGCAAGUCGAGUUUGACGGUGCAAUUCGUCGACGGCCAUUUCGUAGACAGCUACUAUCCGACUAUCGAGAAUACGUUUAGUAAGAUGAUCAAAUACAAGAAUCAAGAAUUUGCGACGGAGAUUAUCGAUACCGCUGGCCAGGAUGAAUACAGUAUCCUCAACUCGAAGCAUUUUAUCGGCAUUCAUGGAUAUAUGAUUGUCUACUCGGUCGCCAGCAAGCAAAGCUUUGAGAUGGCGCGUAUUAUUCGCGACAAGAUUCUCAAUCACCUCGCUGUGGAAUGGGUUCCUCUCGUUAUUGUAGGCAACAAGUCUGACCUCCGCCCCGAACAACGACAAGUCACUCCCGAAGACGGCCGCGCUCUCGCUGCAGAGUUCAAGUGCGCGUGGACAGAAGCUAGUGCGCGCUACAACGAGAACGUACAAAAGGCUUUCGAGCUCAUGGUUGCCGAAGUGGAACGUUCUCAGAACCCUGGUGAGCCCACUGGUGGCAGCAAGUGUGCAGUAAUGUAACUGCAACUCUUGACUGACACGAGUGCGUCUACAAAGGUGUCGGCGUAGACAAGUACGAGGAACUCGACAAGAAGCGCAAGGACAAGCAGCGCAAGCGCGACGACAGGAAACACUAGUGGCGACGUUCUGUUGAGCACUAGAAGGAAGCAUUUAAGAGCAAGACACAGUAAGAGGUACAGCACCAAGGCGGGUUGUACAUGUUUUCCUUUGGUCUAGAAGACAUAGACGGUUGAUUCGGCGAUCAUGACAUUUCUGAUGCUACGCUCUGGAUUCCUCAUGGGAGGCAUAGUGCGUAAUGGCGUAAGGGUGUAAGGGUAUGAGCGGGGGUGUAAUGGCGUUGUAUUUGGUACCCCAUGUCACUUAUUUCGUAACGCGAUGCUUCACAGCUGUAGGUACUGCGAAUGACUCAUUUCAACAAUAGAUGGUAUAUGUUAUCGA